UGCUGUACUAAAAAGAUGGAAGAGAGAUAUCAAAUUGCAGCCCGGCAGGAUAUACAACAGGUCCUUCAGACCUCAAGUUCUACAUUAAAAUUCCUAAUUUCUCGCAAUGCAGCUGCUUUUCAAGAAACCUUUGAAACCCUCAUCAAGCAGGCAGAGAAUUACACAAGCACCUUAUUCUGCAACACGUAUAGGAACAUGGCUUUAGAGGCUGCUGCCUCCGUUCAGGAGCUCUUUACAGAUGUAGGACUCUUUGUGUUUGGCACCGACAUCAGUCCAGAUGAAUUUGUGAACAGAUUCUUUGACACGCUGUUUCCUCUGGUCUACAAUCAUCUCAUUAACCCUGGAGUGACGGAUAUUUCGCUGGAAUACUCGGAAUGUAUUCGAAUGGCAAGGCGAGAUAUUAACCCCUUUGGUAACAUUCCCAAAAUUGUAAUGGGGCAGAUGGGGAGAUCCUUGUUACCCAGCCGGACUUUCUUGCAAGCCCUUAAUCUAGGUAUCGAAGUCAUCAAUACGACCGAUCAUCUGCAGUUCUCAAAAGAGUGCAGCAAAGCCCUCCUGAAGAUGCAAUAUUGCCCCCACUGCCAGGCUCUGACUUUAAGUAAGCCUUGUAUGGGCUACUGCCUUAACGUGGUUAGAGGCUGUUUGGCCAACGUGGCAGAAAUUGAUCCUCACUGGCGGGGCUACAUCCGAUCCCUGGAAGAACUCUCAGAUACCAUACAUGGAACAUAUGACAUUGAGCAUGUACUUCUGAAUUUCCACUUACUUGUUAAUGAUGCUGUUAUGCAGGCUCACAUCAAUGGAAAAAAAUUAGCUGAGCAGGUGAACAAGAUCUGUGGUCCCCCUGUAAGAACACCCACGCAAACCCCUGGUUGUUCUCUUGAUCAGAGUAAAGAUAAGCAAGGAAUGAAGAUCUCUUCAAGAGAUGGUGAAGAAAGUCUUGCCAGCAGAAGAAAAGAAUUUAUCAACAGCCUGCGUCUAUACAAGACUUUUUAUGGUGGCCUGGCUGAUCAGCUUUGUGUUAAUGAAUUAGCAGCUGCUGAUGGACUGCCCUGCUGGAAUGGAGGAGAUGUGGUCAAAAGCUAUACCCAUCGUGUGGUUGGAAAUGGAAUAAAAGCUCAAUCUGGAAAUCCAGAAGUGAAAGUUAAAGGGACUGAUCCUAUCAUAAACCAAAUUAUUGAUAAACUGAAACAUGUUAUUCAGUUACUCCAGGGAAGAUCUACUCCAAAACCUGAGAGAUGGGAUUUACUCCAAGUGGGCAGUGGUGGACGCAUAGAUGAUCAAGUCAGUGGAGACUGUGAUGAUGAAGAUGGUUGUGGAGGAUCAGGAAGUGGAGAAGUAAAACGGGUGCUGAAAAUCACAAACUUCUUAUAUUUCAAUAGUCGAAAACAGCAACAACAGAGAGGGGAUGUUGUCCUACUCUACUAUGUCCUGAUACACAAGUAUCAUGGAUACAGUGUUUUGAUUUUCAGGAGAAGAUUCACCAUUAGUUCUAUUGAACUGACCUGCAGCAGUUAUGCCUAUGUGGCAAUAUGA